AUGACAACGCAAAAAAUUGCAAUUCUCUCGGUUUAUGAUAAGACCGAUUUAAUCGAACUCGCUAAAGGAUUAUCCGAACUAAAUAUUAAACUCAUUGGUUCAGGGGGGACAGCAAAAAAAAUUCGGGAAGCUGGCAUUUCUAUUUCGGAUGUUUCCGAUAUCACUAAGGCUCCUGAAAUUUUAGGAGGGCGAGUCAAAACUUUACACCCUGCAGUUCACGGCGGGAUUCUCGCUCGUAAUAUUGCAAGUGAUGAAACAGAUCUUAAUGCACAACACAUAAACAAAAUUGAUUUUGUUGUAUGUAAUCUUUAUCCAUUUAAAGAGACAGUGGAAAAGGAAGGGAUUACAAUUUCGGAAGUCGUAGAGGAAAUUGACAUUGGUGGAGUCACACUUCUGAGAGCCGCAGCAAAAAACCAUGAUCGUGUAACUGUUCUUUCGGAUCCAAAGGAUUAUUCCAAUUUUUUGACAGAAUUAAAAACUAAUGGAAAAAUAUCAGAAGUGACGCGUCGCUUAAAUGCGCUGAAGGCAUUUAAUCACACUGCUGAUUACGAUGAUGCUAUCUCAAAUUAUUUCAGACAACAAUAUUCUAAAAAUAUUUCUCAACUUACUUUACGUUAUGGAGCUAAUCCACAUCAAAAACCUGCACAAGUUUUUGUUAAAUCUGGACAAUUACCAAUUAAAGUUCUGUCUGGAUCUCCGGGUUAUAUAAAUCUCCUUGAUGCGCUUAAUGGUUGGCCACUUGUUAAGGAAUUAAAAAUUGCAUUAAACCUGCCAGCUGCAGCAUCUUUUAAACAUGUAUCUCCCGCUGGUGCAUCAGUUGGUCUUCCAUUAUCCGAUAUUGAAAAAAAGGUUUAUUUUGUUGAUGAUCUUAAAGAAUUAUCACCAUUGGCGGUAGCAUAUGCACGUGCACGAGGGGCGGAUAGAAUGUCUUCAUUCGGAGAUUGGAUUUCUUUAAGUGAUAUUGUGGAUGUUCCUACUGCUAAAUUGAUAUCACGCGAGGUAUCUGAUGGAGUGAUUGCACCUGGUUAUGAAACCGAAGCAUUAGAAAUUUUACGCAGGAAGAAAGAUGGGAAAUAUACCAUCCUUCAGAUUGAUCCAACUUAUGAACCUCCGGAAUUGGAAACUCGUCAAGUGUACGGAUUAUAUCUUCAACAAAAACGUAAUAAUUCUCAGAUAGACGCGAAGUUUUUUGAAAAUAUAGUUACACAAAACAAAAAUUUACCCGAGUCAGCAAUUAUUGACUUAAUAGUUGCAACUAUUUCUCUUAAGUAUACACAAUCCAAUUCAGUAUGCUACGCUAAAAAUGGUAUGAUAAUUGGUUUAGGUGCCGGUCAACAGUCACGUAUUCAUUGUACUCGAUUAGCCGGUGAUAAGGUCGACAACUGGUGGUUACGUCACCAUCCCAAAGUACUUUCAUUUGAUUUUAAGAAGUCUACUAAAAGACCAGAGAAGAGUAAUGCUAUUGAUCUUUAUAUUCUUGAUAAGAUUGGCGAGGGUCUUGAACGUACAUCCUGGGAAUCUCAAUUCAAUUCUAUUCCUGAACCAUUAACACCAGAGGAAAGGAAAGAACAUCUGGCGAAACUUAACAAUGUUUCAUUUUCUUCAGAUGCAUUCUUUCCUUUUUCAGAUAACAUCCACCGAGCCCAACAAUCUGGUGUCACUUAUGUCGCAGCUCCCGGUGGAUCAGUUCAAGAUAAAACAGUCAUAAAAACAGCCGAUGAACAUGGAAUGUCAUGUGUUAACCAAAUUGGGAAUACAAUUACACAUUCUAUAUUUGGAUCAAUACUUCCAGAAGAAACAUCUUCAAGUUUAACUCAAAGUUCAACUCAAUUUAUUCAACCUACUGAACUAACAAUUCCCACGUAUAUAGAUACAGAUACAGUAUCAUUUCUUCCUGAAAUUUCAUCAUUUGUGUCUUCUGUAUCUUCAGAAACAGUUUCCUCAAAUAAUUCAUUCUCUACUCCAUCCCCAUUGUCGUCUAUGGCUUCCUUCCCUAUUAAAAAUUCUUUUAAAUUGCAUAAUUCUGAUAUUUCUCAUUCCUUAAAUUGUACAGAACUAUCCGAUCCCAGCACUUGGUCAGCGCAAGAAAUUAGAGAAUGGCUAAAUGAACGUGACAUCCCUUAUUCGGGAAUUCCGGAAAAGCGUGAUUUAGUCGAAUUAGUCAAGAUUCACUUUAAUGAAAAAAAAGAACAAGCAAAGAGUGCUUAUGAUGUUAUUGAAAAGUUUAUAAUAAAUCAUGUCGAAUUGCUCACUAAUAAUACCGAAUUGUUCAAUAAUAAUAAUAUGAAUGAAACACCCGAUUCUAUCCGUCAAAAACUAGCGGAUCGAUAUGAAAAUAUUAGAGUAUAUGCUAGUUUAAGCGAAGAUCAAGUAAAGUAUGCCUUUAACCAGAUCAGCGAAAAAUUAAAGAAUAGAAAAAAUUCGGUCGAAUUACUUGAACAAAUUAAACAAUCCUAUGUAUCAGUUAUAUCUCUAAUUCAAGAAACUAACGAAAGGAUUCAAAAAGAUUUAGAAAAUAAUAAUGAAGUCUCACAAGAGACUAUUGAUUGGUUUAAAGAAAAAAUUAAUAAUUUAAGAGAAUCGGAAGCAAAUUUAGUGCUUCAAGGAGUUCAAGAGCAAUUUGCUCAACGUAAAAUUGCUGUUUCUUCUGCCGAUCAAGCCCAAAUGAUAUUCAAUAAAUUGGGUUCCACAGUUAAAGAAUCAUAUCGAUCUGUCAAUGGAACUUUGGAGAGGUUACGUAAAGAACUAGCUGAAGUAAUUGGUGGAAAGGCUGAAAAUGUUAUUGAAGACUUAAGAAGUCAAUUUUCCACGGUUAAUGAUUAUAGAAUUCUUACACGAGAAAAAAUUCAAGGUGUACUUGAUCAAAUUGGUCAAAAGUUACAAGACGGAAAAGCUGUUACGGUUGAACAACUUCAACAUGUAAAAGAUAUUCUUAAAAGAUAUGCCAAGUAUUAUUAUGAUUCUGCUACUGGAAAAGCAAUUCAAACUAAGGAAGAACAAGAAGAACGAUUAAAUGAUAUCAUUGCAUCUAUUAACGAAGGAAUUCAAGAAAACCGUGAAAAGGGGGAACAACAAAUAUCCAAGAUCACUGAAACAAUUAAAGAAAAGGUUGUAAAGUCGCAACGACUUACCGAAAAGCAAGCCGAAGUAUUGUCAGAUGUUAUGAAAGAACAAUUUGAAAAUGUGAAAGAAACACGUGAUCUCACAGAAGAGAAGAUGUCGUUAUUAUUUGAUAAGUUAAAGAAUAAAUUGAGAGAUACGAAAGAAUAUCUUGCCCAAGAAUCCGAAGCGGUUUAUAAUAAAGCUUCCGAAGUUUACGAUAAAGCGAGUGAAGGUUAUGAUAGAGUGAAUGAAGGGUAUGAUACUAUGAAAGAAAAAGUGAAUGAAGGGUAUGAUACUAUGAAAGAAAGAGUGAAUGAAGGGUAUGAUACUAUGAAAGAAAGAAUAGCAUCACCAUCACCGCACAAAGAUGAAUUGUAA